AUAUUUGACAUGGAAUUUUUUGCCAAUAAGUAUGUCAUAUAUGUUACUGCUGUAAUCAUUGAUUUUCCUAAUAUAAAUUUGAAAUUUAUAACAUUCGUACUAAAUACAUUCUAUAUUUUCGUGAUAAUGACAGUUAGUCAGGAAGGAUUUAAAUACGUCAUACAAAAACAAGAGCGACAAAAGAUAUGUUUCGGAUCAGGAUGUCCCCGCGAUACGACAAAAAAAAAUAUAACUCCUUUUAUGAGAUACUAUACAUUAGAAGAUCAUCCAAGUGUAACACCUAAUUCAUAUAAUGCUUUAAAAUCAUUUAAAGCAAUUAUAACUAAGCCUUGUUCUCAUAGUAUUAGUAAGAAAGGUUACAGUGGCAUUGCUAGAUUUGGUAAAAAAGUUGAAGUGAAAGAUAUUUAUCCAUCGCCAUUAGAUUACAAUACUUCAACAUUUCCUAAACUAAUACAUAAAUCAAAGUAUCCAUUUGAUUCUAGCAGCAAAAGACAGACUUUUGUCGACAAUACAACUCCAGGCCCAGGAAUGUAUGUUACUAUUAAAAGAAAAGGUCCUACAUUAAAACACAGUUUUGGUGGUAGUGUAAAAAUGAAUCUUGGAGUGAAUCUUAAAUGUUGUAAUCGAAACACAGAUAUUUGCAAGAUAUGUGGGACAAAACCACUUGGUGAUUAUUGGCAUUUAAAAAAUGAAAUAUUUUUAUGUAGGCCAUGUAUGCUUAAAGAAUAUGAGAAGGAAACAAAGUUUAAACAAAGAGAAUUAGAACAAUUUUAUAAAAUACGAGAUUGUUCAAUUAUGCAUCAACAUGAAACCACAACUGCAAAAAUAUGGUUGAUGCAUCCUAGAAGAGCUGUACAAUGGAUACGCAAAGAAGCUUAUCUUUCUACUUACUUCAAUGAAUAAUUUGAUUUAUACUCUAUGUAGUUUGUAUUAAUAUAAAAUUUUCUAUCUUAAAAAUUUUACAAAACAGGGUUACCACCAUCAGGCGCUUGCCUUGAAAGCACAAGAAGAGAUGUUUCAGAAGAUACAGAGUCGCCAUUUUCAAUUACUUCUGAAUCAAUUGAUUUUAUUAUUGAAUUGUUAACUGAUAUAGUUGUAGUCGAUUCU